UUCGCGUGUCUCCUCUGUUCUCUUAAUCAAUAUACUGUAUUUUCCUACCGCGCUUGACGUUUAGCAAAUAAAUCGCCACGAUGGAUACACCAUUACCGUUGCUAUACUACGGAAAGCAGAGGCUUAAUGGGAAGGAAAAUAAAAAUCUAUCUCGCAAACGAUUUCUGCGCUCAACGGAGCUCUAAUUUUUCAACCACUAAUGAAAAAGUGUUCUACAGUUGCUGUACUGUUAACAGUUAGAUAAGUCCUAUCCGUUUAUAUUUUCUAUUUGAUGGAAUGUAAAAGGAUAUAGAUAUACAGCUAGAUGAUUGCCUCGCACCUUUCUUUGUUCUCCAAUUCCUUCCAAUUUUGGUGAUUUAUUUCAGAUUUUCCCAAUAUUUUCAUCUCAUUGUACUCUAAUUGUUGCCUCAAAGUUAGCUCAUUGUUGAAUUUGCUACGUCUCACUGUCAUCAAACCUUUUCACAAACUGUCAUCAAGUCUAAUUUUUGUUUGAGAAAGGCAAACAUUCUCUCGACUGGCGUGCUUCUUGUUAUUACCAUCAAUCAAUUAUUGCAUUACUUGACUAGUUAGUGAUAGUUAUAUAGGGCAGAAGUAAUUGACCUCAGUGCAUUUUACAAUCAAAUUGCAUUCCUGGAUUUAAGUUUGAUAUAUCGCUCCAAAGGAACCAGCUGAGAAUUGGAUUUGUCAAAGUGAGUUCGAAGUGAUUGCCUAAGUAUAACAAUGGAAGUGCUUAAAUCAGGAUUGUUCCGCGCGGCGUAUUUUCUCUACACGAAUACGAGUGCGGGCUACUAUUACCAUGCUCAUAACUUGGCAACUGCGGAGAGGAAGUUCAGGCCGAACGACAUCAAAGCGCACAGCAAGGAGACCCACUUCGACUAUGGACCCAUCAGUGUGCAUGUAAUACCCUUCUGUAUGGACAACUACUGCUACAUAGUAGUGGACACAGUCUCUCUCAGUGCACUCGUCGUGGACCCAGGGGAUGCCACUCCAGUCGUCGACUUCUUCGCUCGUAAUACAAACUAUAAGCCCAUUGCAAUUCUAUGCACUCACAAGCACUGGGACCAUUGUGCGGGCAAUGGAGAACUAUUAGAGAAGUAUCCACACCUGGAAAUAUUCGCAUCGGAGGAUGACGGAGCCUAUUUGAGCAACAGGACUUUCAGAGACUCGGAGGAGAUCGCACUUGGACAAGGACUUUUUAGCAGUGCCAGCAUUACGGCUUACGAAAUGCCAGGUCACACUGUUGGACAUGCUCUGUUCUGUAUUUCUCCAGUGUCAUCAAACAGGACGGCGGAAAAUAUGAAAAUACAAUCUAACAGUAGAAACGACAGCAUUGGGCGCAUACUGUCUCUAGACCCCGAUUUCGAAAAUGAGUCACUAACAAUCACCUCUUAUCAACACCAUCAUGGCACUUCAGCCAAUAAACAUCAAACCAUACCCACUAUCACGUACAAUGGAACUGGUAGACUAGGAGAAAAUGAUCACGAGGAAAUUACAAACUCUGCUGAUGAAAUUCAAGACGAAGCCACGUUGCCGCCUCUGUUGUUCACAGGCGACUGUCUCUUCAUGAACGGAAUCGGAAAGAUGUUCGAGUGUCCAAGUGUGGUCAUGGCCGCCACAUUGCAGCGAAUCAUGGACAUUUUUCCGGACACUACGCUUGUCUGGCCUGGCCAUGAAUACACGAUGACGUUUGUUAAGUUCACGCUUAAUGAAAUUGAACCAGAGAAUGAAGUUUUGCAAGAGAGAUUCAGAAAAAUUAGUGAAUUAACUGAGCAAAAAUUGCCAACAGUUCCCUCACUGUUCAAAACUGAAAAGGAGUGCAACCCUUUUUUGCGCACUGCCAAAUUAAGCUCGGAGAACAAAGACUUCAUGAAGAAAAGUCCGAGCGAUAUUCUGCAAAUUUUAGCCGAUAGAAAAGACAAAUUUGCCAAAAGUUUAAAUGCUAAUUCUCCUGCUGCAAGUAGCAGUGAAUUUGUUGGCUCAAACUCUAACUAAAAUUGGUUUCAUCAAUUCAAUUUUUUGUACCAUAUCAUCAUUAAAUGACAAAAAAUUUUAUUCUGGAUGGCUAUUUUUUGAAACUUAAAAAUUUACUCAAUAUUCUGCCAUAUAAAUCAAUUCAACUUUUUGCUAAG